AUGAUCAACACGAUCAGCGGCGGUCCCACUCUGGCGGGACCCUCUAACCGUUCGGUGAAGCAGUAUGUGCGUGCCGCCCACUGCCCCCAGGUCUUCGGCAUAGAAGACGAUCGGUGCCGAAAGGUGCCGAAGGUGAGAUGGGAGCCCAUCACAUUUUGUGAGGAGGAGGAGGAGGAGGAGGGGAUCAUCUACCCCCACGAUGACCCAAUGAUCAUUCGGGCAGAGAUCGCCGAUUACGAUGUGGGUCGGGUGCUGAUUGACACCGGAAGCUCGGUGAACGUGAUUUUUGCCGAUGCAUUCAAGGGAUUGGGGAUUGCCGACAGCAUGGUCAAUUGGCAAAUCAUGCCUCUCCUCAGUUUUUCUGGAGAUCUGAUCCAGCCAGUCGGUAGCAUCAGUCUGCCCGUCGCCCCCACGAGAACAAUGACCUACGACCAAUUCCUCAUUGUUGACUACCCAACGGCAUACAACGUCAUCAUAGGGCGAACGGCACUCACCAGGGUCAAAGCCCACCUAUCUCCCCACAUGCUGCUGAUGAAGUUCCCAACGCGCAACGGUACCGGCGUCAUCCGGGGUGACCAGCUCAGCGCACGGACGUGCUAUGCCACGGCCCUUAAGUCGGUAGCUAGCAAACUGCCAAUGGAAGCCAUGACCGUGCAGGGACUACCGAACGGUAGCGAACCUAUUGACGACCCCAGGGAGGAAAACCCAACACUGACGGCGCAGCCCGCCGAGGAGCAAGAGACCGUAAUCCUGAACGAGGAGUUCCUCGAUCGGUGGUUGAAGAUCGGCACCAAUCUAGAUCCUGACCUCCGAAGGCAGUUCAUCGACUUCUUACGGCAGUAG